AUGCCAAAUGUUAAACUUCCCGUGUCAUCUGAAUCAAUGAAAGGAGGAAAUGAUCAGAUUUGUGAAUAUAUAUGUUCAUCCAAUUGCUCAUGCAAUGCAUAUGCUUACAGCAGUAGUGAAGAGUGCUUAUUAUGGUAUAUCGAUUUGGUUGAUCUAUCUAAUUCAAGUCAAUUAGAGUUCAACAUUAAGCUUUUUGAGCGCUCGAACAAAGGGAUUUUGGGUAAGAAAAAGUUCAGGAAAAUGUUACUUUCUAAAUCAGCAACUAACUUGUCAAAACCUGCAACUUCCAGUAAAAAGGGACAAGAAAAGACAUGUUCCAUCGAGCUGAAGUUCUUUGAAUCACGUGAGUUGAAAGCUGUGACAGGCAAUUUUUCACCUGACAAUAAACUUGGAGAAGGAGGUUUUGGGCCUGCUUUUAAGGGUCAAUUGCCAGAUGGGCAGAAAAUAGCUGUGAAAAGCCUAUCAACUCAAUCACAGCAAGGAAUUAACGAGAGCAGGAAGUUGUUGCUUGAUUGCAGAAGGCGGUAUGAAAUCAUUAUUGGAAUCGCUAGAGGGAUACUCUAUCUUCAUCAGGACUCAAGAUUAAGAAUAAUACACCGUGAUCUGAAAGCCAGCAACAUUCUUUUAGAUGAAGAUAUGAACCCCAAAAUAUCAGAUUUUGGUACUGCUAGAAUAUUUAGUGGAAACCAGAAUGAAGCUAAGACUCUUCGACUUGUUGGAACAUAG